UCUAAAUUGUACUAACGAUUCCAGUAUGAAGUGGUUCAAUUUAUUCUUGGUACUUGGCCUCUUGGCACUUAUUGGCAGCAUGGGCACUUUGACAGCCGCCGAACCUUUGCCCGCACCAGAGCCCAAGGGACGUCCACACACAACUCGUCGUCCAAGGAACGAGAAUGACGGGGAUCGCCGCUAGCAAACCCAGAUCCAGUCGAAUCCCAUCAGAUGCAACGAACAGAAACGGAUUCGGGAUGCACACACAAAAACGAUUUUGGUGACGGUGAAAUGUUUUGGCUUGGAAAAAAUGCAAUUUGUUGAAGUUUUACUUGUUUAACUUUUAAAUAAACCCAUCAGUUUGAGCAUCUA